AUGGACAGGUCUGAGUUGACCUCUGAAUUUACUCUCGCCUCUGGUCCUGGACAAGAACAGGUACGGAGAAAGCAAGCUCGAGCCAUUCAAGCUUGCAAUAUCUGUAGGGCACGCAAGCAGAGAUGCGACGAAGCACGACCCUGUCAGUUCUGCUAUGAAAACAACUUUGACUGCCAAUAUAAGGGUGGUCCUACGCCAAAGCAGCAUAGAAGUAUAAUACAACUCCAGGAAAGCAUUGACGACAUCUCUGUUCUACUCAAGGACUUCAUCGGGGAACUCCGUGCAUGGCGGCAGGAUGUGGAGAACCGGCUUCCGCCGAGUCGAGGCUUUGGAAACACGCCAAAAUUCGCUUCUCUUGAGGCAGCCUUUGCCCUUCCACCAAGGGACCCAAGCACAUCGGGAGUGCCAGCUCCAACGUGUGGCAAGAUGCAGUCCCGUCCAGUCGGUGGCACGAAGAUUGAAUCGCCCAUGUUUCCAUGCUCGAACAUGUCAACUAUAAACGCGCAAGCAUCACCUCCUAUUGAACAGAAAGCUUUGCUCUCCGUAUCUCAACAGCUUGCGACACCGACCGAUAGCGUGAAAACAGACGAUAUCCGCACAUCACAUAGCAUGUCAUCAAAAGAAAGAGUCGGCCUUCAAAUUGAUCACACUAUACCAGCGCACAAAUUGUUGGAGGAGUGGGAUCUCAUGAAGGACUUUCACGUUGGCGUAGAGUAUCUCCAUCAACUAAAAGAGAGCGGCCGUGCCCUGUCAGAUUACCCAAUGCAACUGGAACAGGACAGAGAGCCCCUCCGCGUCUGGUGUAUCAGAGAAGGCUUCUAUUUGAAUGAUGGACUACAAAAGCCUGGCAGCCCAGAAAGCAGCAACGAUUCGGACGCGCUAUCGCCGAUACCAGAGAGAGCCGGGUUGUGGGGCUAUCCUCCAUCGAACCAAUCAAGCCUACAUCCUUUGAAGAACAAUAGUACGCCGCGGAAUUAUUCCAGCUAUAAGUACGGACUCGGUGGAGUUGGCUCAGACGACAGAGCUGACUUCCGUACCUCAAUUGUGGACAAGUUGCACAAUUCGUACAUGAAGCACAUACACAGCCUUCAUCCAUUCCUGGAUCACAGUAACCUUCAAAAUAUGAUUAGAGAAUUCAAAGAACUAUACAGCCCUGAUGGAAGGGUUGCAGACCCGGUAUCGCCAGUAGUCCACCAGCUCAAUCCAAGUUUGAAGAGAAAGAGACCAGAUGGCGUUUACGGCGAACCGUACUUGUUCCGGAAUACUAUUGAGCGUUCGUCGCACAAUGCCGUCGUUCUACUUGUACUUGCUCUGGGUAAUAUUUGUUCAUACAAGAAGAGUUUACCGCAUCCACAAACCGACGAAAGUUCUUAUACAAACAGGGCCUGGGGAUUUUUUAGCUCGCACACCAAUGGCAAUCUCAACGGCAAUACUUCAAACGACAGUUGUCCUAAGAACAUCGACGUUCUACCCGGAAUGUUGUACUUCUCUCACGCGUCCGAUAUUCUUGGACAUCUACAAGGAGGGCAUACCAUUGAGCAUGCUCAAGCAAUGAUACUGGCAGCAAUUUACACAAGCCAGUUCACAAGAAUACUGGAGAGCUGGAGCUGGAUCAACAGUGCAUGCAAGAUUACUAUGGUCUUAGUCAAACAGGAUUACCACAAACUUACACGAGAUUUCUACACCUCUCCAGAAUCGAAGAAUUUAUCAGCCAAGGAGCGUUACAGGCUAGAGCGGAUUUUGCUCGUCUAUUGGACAUGUUUACAGCUUGAAUCGGAUAUUGUGGCUGAGAUAAAUACCCUACCUACGAGCGAUAUCACAGUGCAUCAGAACCAGAUCAUGUACCCAACGGGCAUGAGUGGCUACGUCUCUGGCGAGGGGAACGAGAUGAUAGAGGGGACUCAAGCAAACAGAAACCCCGAGGACGAUAAAGACUUAAUGAUAUACUCCAACGGCAACAAGGGCUUCCACCAGAGCGACAUCGAAGCUGUGGUCAAGCUCGCACAGUCUCACAUUGCUAUACUCAAUAGCUGGCGGCGUGUUCUGCCGGAAUACCUAGCCUGGAAAGACGGUGAUCCUCCAUCCACGGAUCCCAAUCUUGCUCGUUUACGUGCCAGAUAUUACGGGGUGGCUUAUAUGAUGCUCAGGCCCUGCCUACGGAUCGCAAGCCAUAUUAUGGAAUAUACACCACCCGCUCAAGCCACAUAUCAGGGCGGCCACUGGUCCUACAACAACUCACCGGCCGCCACCGGAGGAAUGCCCACUUCUACGAGCAGACCUGUUCAACGAGUUGGUCUGUUUGAAACACGGAAAGACAUCAUCUCGAUCGCUUCUCAAUGCAUCGAAAGCGCCAUCAAAAGUACCAUUGCCUUUGACCGUGUCGGCGCCCUUGAAAAUAGCCCCUACGUGGGUCUCAAGAGCACACGCAACACCAGGCUUGUAUUAACGAAUAUCUUUGAAACUCUGCACGCCCAGUUUGGAAACAUGCUUGUUCUCGCGGCCGUGUUCAAGUCGAGGCUGUACUACCUACUUCCCCUCAAUACCUCCCUCACCCCGCAGAACCUUCACGCGCUCUUUGAACGCACUUUCGAGGUCCUCGGCGAAGUGGCACCAAACUCGCCGAUCCUCAAGGUCGAUCUUGACAUUCUGCGAAAUGUACGCAGUCAAUUAAACUUGCCGUAA